AUCAGAUAUUAUAGUAAAAAUGAAGCUUGAGAUUAAGAAGAAAUUAUUGAACAGGAGCGAAAGAGUCAAAAGUGUUGAACUUCAUCCUACCCUUCCUUGGGUCCUUAUUGGGCUAUAUACAGGACAUGUAGCAAUCUUUGACUAUAACACUCAGAGUUGAGUAAAACAAUUCGAAAUAUCCAAAGAGCCUGUCAGAUGAGCAAGAUUUAUAUUAAGGAAAGAAUGGAUUGUAGCAGGUACAGAUGACAAUAAUAUGCUUAUUUAUAACUACAAUACUUCUGAAAGGAUCAAGUCAAUUAGCGCCCAUUCUGAUUAUAUCAGAUCAGUACUUGCCCAUCCCACACAUCCAUAUGUUCUUUCUUGCUCAGACGAUUUAACCAUUAAAGUUUGGAAUUGGGAGAAAAAUUGGCAAGAAGUGAAUACUUAUCAGGACCAUGAGCACUUUGUAAUGCAGAUAGUUUUGAACCCUAAAGAUUCCAAUACCUUUGCUUCUGCUUCUCUAGACAAGACAGUUAAAAUCUGGACAGUGAGUACUACCACGAAAACAGCAAACUACAGCCUACUUGGACAUAAAGCUGGUGUGAAUUGUAUUGAUUACUGCCACACUGGAGAUAAAUCCUAUCUUCUCUCUGGAGGAGAUGAUUCUGCAGUAAAAUUGUGGGACUACCAAACUAAGCAGUGACUAUACACCUUUGAAGGUCAUGAUGACAACAUAUCAGCAGUUGCUUUUCACCCAGAGCUUCCUAUUCUAAUCUCAGCAGCAGAAGAUGGAAAAGUUAACAUUUGGAAUUCAAUUACUUACGAAAAAGAAGAUGAUCUUAAUUAUGGACUAGACAGGCCUUGGGCAAUUCAUGCAGUCAAGAACUCGAAUUACGUUGCCAUCGCCUAUGACGAGGCUACAGUUGUCAUUAAAAUUGGUAAGGAGACCCCGAUAGUCUCGUUCAAUAAUGGGAGAGUAGUCUGGGCUCAACAAGGAGAAGUCCAACUUGCCAAUCUUAAAAGUAUCAAAGGAGAUCUCGGUGAUGGAGAUGAAAUUGAUGCUAAGUUCAAGGAUCUCGGAAACUCUGAAAUCUUUGCUCAGGACAUUAAAUUUGCUCCAAAUGGCAAAUACUUUGCUCUGAUUGGAGAUUCUGAUUAUGUAAUCUAUUCGACCUUCAAGUUUAACAACUCAGGAUUUGGAAAUGCUCAAGGGUUAGUCUGGGGACAAGAUAAUGAUUAUGCAGUGUUGACUGACCACAACUCAAUCAAAUUGUUUAAGAAUUUCGUUGAAGACCAAACUUAUAAAACAACUUUCAAAGCAGAUUCUAUUUUCGGAGGGAAACUUAUUGGAGUCUCUACAAAGCGAGAAGGAUCUUCAAUUUCAUUCUUUGACUGGGAGAGUUUCACUUGCAUCAGAAAAAUUGAUGUAGAAUCUCCCAAGAAUGUUUACUGGUCUUCCAGUGGUGAGCAUGUUGUGAUCUGUCUUGAAGGAUGAUUUUACGUUCUUAAAUAUAACGAAGAAAUUGUCAGAGAAGCUCUUAAAAACAACUCUGGGGAUCUUGGAGAAGAAGGAGUAGAAGAUGCCUUUACUUUUAUCGGAGAUUUCAAUGAAGAAAUCAUCAGUGGUGAAUGGAUCCCUGGAGAAGCCUUUGUCUUCACUACAACAAAGGGAAAACUAAAUUACCUUAUUGGUAAUAAAAUCAUGAACCAUGCUCUUAUUGAUAAGAAAAUGUUUGUGCUUGGUUAUGUUCCCCAAAAGAAUAGGAUCUUCCUUGUCAAUAAGACUCUUAAAAUCACUAGUUAUGAACUCCUAACAUCAGUCAUCGAGGCCCAACAAGCAAUUGUGAAAACAAAGGAGGGCACCACUACAGCUGAUCCUGAAUAUGAGCACUUGAAAUCAGUUAUUGACGAAGUUCCUGAAAAUCAUAUUUCUAAAAUAGCAAAAUUCCUAGAAUCAAUGAAUCAUAAAGAGAUUGCUUAUCAUGUCACAAUAGACGAAGAACAUAAAUUUGAUCUAGCAAUUUCUCUAAACAAGAUCAGGGAUGCCCACAAAAUUGCUCUGAAGGAUUCUCAUAAUGAGGAAAAACUCAGAAAAAUUGGAGAUAUCUCCUUGAAAGUUGGGGAUUUCAACCUGGCUGAAGAAUGAUACAGAGCCUCUAAUGACUUCAACUCCUUGUUAUUGCUUUAUUCUAGUCUUGGUGAUGAAGAAGGCAUGGAUUAUGUAGCUACCAAAGCUCUCGAGCAAAAGAAGUAUAAUAUUGCGUAUCAAUGCUAUUUUGGCAUUGGAAAUCCAGAAAAAUGAUAUGAGGUCCUACUAGCAGCUGAUAAAAUUCCAGAAGCAGCAAUGUUUGCUAGAGCUUAUAUCCCUUCAAAAUUAUUCAGUGUAAUGGAAAUCUGGAAGAAAAAGGUAGAAGAUAAGCCUUAUGUUCCAACAUCUCUUUCUGACAUUCCAGACAACUUGACAACAAUUGACCUUGCUAUUAGAAUUGAAGGAGCUUUGAAAGAAUAUUAUUCCCAAGAAAAGCCAAGCGCAGCCCAAUAUGAUGCUGCUUUCAAUAGACAUUUUCAAGAAAUUUCUCAACAAGUCGAAACAGGAGUUGAGAAUGAGCUAAGCAAACCCUUAUUCUUAGCUAACGAGGUUAAUAUUGUCGAAAACAACGAGCCUGCUCCUGAAGAUCCCUCUCCAAUUUCUCCUGAAGAGCCUGCCCUAGCAUCCCCCGAAGAAUCAGCAGCAGAGCCAACCGAAGAAGACCUUCAAUAA